AUGGAUCCUCAUAUUCGCGCACUGAUGGGGGACGGAUUGGACCAGGUUUUAGUACAAGAAGACAAGAACAUUGGUAAGUGUCCUAAAUAAGAAAGUUUGCGCGGGUUAGUUACGCGGUGAAAUGUAUUUUAGAGUGAAAGUCGGUUUACGCAUCUGUGAUUUUAUUUAGUCAUGUUAGCGGUGAAUUGUAAGCGAAUAUGUUUAAACCAAAAACCGAGCGAGAAUGAUCUGUGAUUUUAUUGAGUUGAGUUAGCAAAGAAUUAUAAGUGAAUUGAUAAUCCUACGGUGAAACGGAAAUUAUAGAGCGGUUCAAUGACUACGAAUUAUAAGAGCGAAUUUGUGUGACAACGAUUAGCGGUGAAUUGUAAGCGAAGCGAUCAAUUUGUUUUGGUUAAAAUGGAAUUAUUUUCCGAAGUCUAGAGAAAUUUAAGUUAUUUCCACGGUCGAAAGUAAUUUUGCAAAGUCAGCAGAGAAUUAUAAGCAGAGGUAAAUUUGCUUUUCUUAAAAUUGAUAGGCGAAGGAUCAAUGUAGUUUCUAUAUUUAACAAAGGACUGGAUAUGCGAACGUCGUAGAAAACAAAAACAACAUAAUCACUUAGUUUAAUCAAGAGUAAAAAAUUAAGACAAAAUUUUUUCGUUUUCAGACUUGUUGACCGAUAAUGAAGAUAAGAUUUAUUUGGCUGCCUAUCGGAGGUUUGAACAGCGAGGAGGAAAUCCCAUUUUUAGAGCUGAAUUUGCACCUGCAGGUCGAGGUCGUGUUUUUCGAGGAUUUAGUGGUGCAGAGACAGUAUCGGUUGAAUUUUGAGCAACUGCGAGACGCGGAUGGCGAAGGACUCGGUGAGGCGCUGAUGGAGGUAGUUAUGCAAGGUUUGAGGCAGGUUGUAACGAAUAAAGGCAUUGAGGUAGCCGAUUAUUUGAUUAUGGCGGUUCAUUCGAAUUCAUUUCAGCAUGUAUGGCAGCAAUCCCUGAAAAAUAUUCCCCUGGCUGAAUGGUUGAGUAAUAGUGAAUUUACACAAGCAUGGAUGGAACAAUUAGCGAAACGUUUGAAUUCAGGGGAGGUCAUGAAUGUACAGCAGGACGGGUUUUUUGUGGAGUUAACGUUUUUUCGAAGGUUAGGUCGUGGCGGUAAAAAUGGUGGCAAGAAAGGUAGUCCAGGUCGAAUGGCGUGAGAAAAAAUGGUUGAGAAGAAACAAUGUGUGAUUCACAUCAAGAAUCAAGAUGACCUCUGCUGCGCCAGAGCCAUCGUCACGAUGAGAAAAUGGUGUAACCGUAACGAAGCAGGAAAUCGGUGGAGCAGUUUAAGACGGGGUCGUCCACAGCUAGGAUUUUUAGCCAUGGAGUUGCAUCGAGAGGCAGGGGUACCAGAGGGUACGUGCGGCUACGCAGAACUCGAAAAGUUUUAA